CUCAGUGACACUCGUGUGUGAGCUCGUCCACGAGCUGACUGGAUUAGUAAACACUGCGUGUUCAUGGCGAGAGGCUUCAGUGUCUUAUGGAGACGAGCUAAACACAAUAACGCGCUUUUGGGGAGACCGGGGACUGUAUGGAAACAUGGCAGUGGUGUGGUCUGUCUUGAAGAUACUCGGCUGAUCUGACCAUUUCAGCGCCUACCUAGUGUGCACCUGUGCUGUGGUCCUUCUCUGGACACGUGAGCCCUAUCUGGAGCGGCUCCUUCAUGGCGGGGGAGAAGAGCCGUCGCAGUGCCAUGGACAUUAAGCGCCUGGCAGGGCUUCUGCAGCGUGGGGCUGGCCGCCUGCUUGUCAUCGACAGCCGCACCUUCUCUGAGUACAAUGCUUCACACGUGCAUGGAGCUGUCAAUGUCUGCUGCUCCAAACUUGUGAAGAGGAGACUGCAGCAGGACAAGGUUUCCAUCACGGAGCUCCUGCAGCCCAAUGGCAAAGUCAAGGUUGAUCUGAGCAGGAGACAUGAGGUGGUGGUGUACGACCAGAGCACUAAGGAUGCUGGUCAACUUUCCAAAGACGGCUUUGUCCAUAUUCUCCUGAGCAAGCUGGAUGGGACGUUCCAUAAAGUGUCCCUGCUUACAGGUGGCUUUGCAGCAUUCUCCUCCUGCUUCCCAGGUCUGUGUGAAGGAAAGCCAGUGGCCACACUACCCAUGAGCCUGUCUCAACCCUGCCUGCCUGUGGCCAAUGUGGGCCCCACACGUAUCCUGCCCCAUCUCUAUCUCGGCUCCCAGAAAGAUGUGCUUAACAAGGAUCUGAUGGCCCAGAAUGGUAUCACAUAUGUACUUAAUGCCAGCAACACAUGUCCAAAACCUGAGUUCAUCUCUGAGAGCCACUUCAUGCGCAUUCCUGUCAAUGACAACUAUUGUGAGAAGCUCUUACCCUGGCUGGACAAAACUAAUGAGUUCAUCGACAAAGCCAAGGUUUCCAACUGCAGAGUCAUUGUCCAUUGUUUAGCUGGCAUCUCCAGGUCUGCCACUAUUGCCAUUGCUUACAUCAUGAAAACAAUGGGCUUGUCAUCGGAUGAGGCAUACAGGUUUGUUAAAGAUCGCAGACCUUCAAUAUCACCAAACUUUAACUUCCUGGGCCAACUGCUUGAGUUUGAGAAGGGUCUCCGUCUGCUGAAGGCACUGUCCUCAGGUCAGGAGAAGAAUGAGCAGCCUAGCAAAGUAGAGGAACCAAAAACAGAAUCCACCUCCAAAUCCGAGAAAGCUAGACUAGAUCACGAGUCAGAGAUCUCGGAGACGGAAACCAAGCUGCCGUCACCCACAUCACUCCAGCAGGGCUUCAAUGGUCUCAAUCUGUCAGCUGAGCGCAUCAUGGACACCAACCGCCUCAAGCGCUCCUUCUCUUUGGACAUCAAGUCCGUCUACACACCCAACCAGGGUCCUCACCUCACGCCCAUUCACGUUGAGGAUGUCCCCAAGCUCUGCAAACUGGACAGCCCCAGUCCAGGGUCCUCGAAUGGCGUGUGCCAGUUGUCUCCAUGUUCAGACAGCCCCAGCUCUGCCGAUUCACCAAGCCCGGUGGCUGAGAGCAGUACAAAGGUUCGCUUGCGCAGGAAAAACAAGCACAGCGGAGCCAGCUCACCUGUGCAGUCUCUGAGCCUGAACUUUGGUCGUUCACUGUCUGGGCACAAGAGCCCAAGCUUGGACGAGAACCUGAAGUCUGCAAUGCUGCUUGGCCUGCCUGUAGCUGGCACUGGCCCCAUGUGGACCAAACACCGGGACACUUCACAGGCUACCACACCAGUCACACCAACAGGCGAUGCCCCCUGGUUCUACGAAUCACUGACUAGCACAGGGGGUGGGUCAGCACCAGUACAUUUUGCUCCACUUGGCUGCAGUGCACUCCCAGGGCCGUGUGAGACUGUCCGGUUACGUCAGAAGGCAGGAGAGGUACGAGAGUCCCGGGCAAGCUGGCAUGAAGAUACAGCUGGCUCUGCAUCUGGUACUGACAAACAGUUCAAACGACGUAGUUGUCAAAUGGAGUUUGAAGAUGGAAUCUCAGAUACACGGUCAAGGGAGGAGCUUGGCAAGAUUGGUAAGCAGUCCAGCUUCUCAGGCAGUAUGGAGAUCAUCGAAGUGUCCUGACAGAUGCACUGCACCAUGGGACUGGUGGGAAUAGAGGUGGGCAGGUGCCACUGAGGGACAGAACGCCAGUGGCUGACUGAUUCCUGACUUUAGGAGCAUUUUGUUUUAGUGUGUAGGACUAUGAGAAAUCGAUUAUGGAUUUUUGUGUUUGUGAGACUCUGAGCCAGUUGAGCUGGAUGUGGGCAGACUUUAUGCUGCCUCUGCUGUUUAUAAGCCAUCACUAUCCCAGAACAAUUUGCAAGGGAUAAGGACAGAACUGUUGUAUUUGAUUGCAGAAUCCAACUCUCAGUGUACAUGACAUUUUUCGUCUCCAAGAAAAAGCUUUACCAGCCUCACAGUGUAUUGAGAUUAAAGCAUGGCUCAGUGUCCUCUGGUCACACUUGCAUCUGGUAUUACUCUCAUACAGACUCUGUGGACUCGUACAUCCACAGUUCAAGGGGCCUCGACCGAUACUUGAAGCCCUGGUGUAGACUUGUGCUGAACAGAUGAAGGCUUCUUUGUGCACUGCUUUUGUUCCCCCCUGCUCCUGUAUGCCAGUAAAUAAUCCUGGAGGAGGAUGCAGGAAUGUUAUGGAAAAAAAAAAGCAUUGUGGAAGUUUUCCUGCAGUGCCUACUGUUUUUUCUCCUCUGUGUUUGUUCUUUACCUUUUCCCUGAUUUCAGCCCCCACACACUGUAAAACGGGUGGGCACGAAAGGAACUACCACCCAUCUUUCUCACACUGAGCAUGCUGCCGUAUACAAGGCUGCUGGUUUCCCUACAGAUGAAUAUUAUACAUGCCAUGCAUAGCUCUCUUUAUGGACAUUUUACAUUUUUUGGUUCUCAAUUAUAGUUUUAAUUUAUUAUGUUCAUUCUGGUAAUGAGAAAUAAUAUAAUGAUUGUGGAUCCUCUUUUUGGUGUUGACCUCAGUUUUUGACUACAAGGUAUUUAUGAACUCAUUCACAAAACUGAUACACAACUCGAAGCAAUAUAUGCUAUUUUCUUCAUCUUUUGUCUUUAUUUUCAACUGUAAGGGAGAGUGAUUUGUUAAAAUGAAUUUAUCUGGUAUUUUGUAAUGUAAGUUUUUUUUUUCCUUUCUUUAAGAAAGGGAUCAUGAAACAUCUCGUCGUAAGGGUACCACAAAUCUUUUACAAACCCUGGUGCAUUACACUACACCUGUCCUGAAUUUUCACAUGCUGGGACUGUUUCUGUUUAGUACCUGUCCAACUUUUUAGCUCUGAAAUAAAAUAUGCCUCUAAGCAUGUAUAAUCUAAAAUAAUAAGAAAUGAUCCAUAUGAUAUCCUGGCUUCAUCAUUUUAAGGAUUUGAGCUUUUUAUCUAUAAGCACAUACAUGAAAAUGUUGAGAGACUCUAAAAUGAUUAAUGUUUGUCCCCUUUUUUAAUUAAUAUUUAUAUUAUUUAUUGUGAGCUUGGGCCUGUUUAUGGAUGAAGUGUGAGUGACUAAUGACAGUGGACCAUUUUCAACCCAAACCAUCAAACAGAUGAGUAUUUUUGAAUGACAUCAAACUUGUUCCCUUCACUCUUUGAUCUGCAGGUGAUAUUAAAUUUAACUUGGAUUAAUUAGCUCAAUUCAUUAGCUGUACCUACCAGUCAUAUAGUCUCCAUUACGCAUAUCUCUACUUUUAGAAAGGUCUGUGUUAGGUUAAAUGGAGGCAAAAUUGAUGUGGUGUGGUAGAAUGAUGGCACAUGAUGCUCUAGUUCAGCUCAGGGGAAGUGCACACAAGUCCCAUCUCUGAGCUCUGGGUACCUGCACAACUCUCAUCCCCUCACGUUUUCUCUUAUUUGCUCUGUGUUUCUCGCUCUUUUUCACACACACAUGCAAUUUUUCUAUGUAAUUAACGCUUUCUCUUUUUUCGUAUAUGUUCCAAAGGUUUAAGGAAAUCCCACUGAAAGGGUCUCUCAUGUCUGGACAUGUGCGUGGUGUUGCCCCUUUGCUGUGGGAUGAUUUGGUUAUUUAUUUAUGGAUGUAUUCUCUGUUGGCUACUCUUUUUGUUUGGCAAAUCCUUGUCCUUGUGCUGCUGUUUGUUCCUUUUCUUUCCUUGUGUGACACAUUACCUGUAUUUCCUUUUACUUCAUCACCUCUAUUUUUAAACAUAUUGUUAUCAUUAUUUAAGACAUGUAAUGAAAAGAUGCAGGCUGUCCUUUUUGCUGAAACUGUUUAAUUGUUGGCAACAUUUAUUAUUAUUAUUAUUAUUAUUAUUAUUAUUAUGUUGUGUAAAUAGCAAUGUAUCUAGAAAAAUAAUUGAAAUAGGGAACUUUUUCAGAGAAAAUCCUAAUACCUUAGGCUGCUUGACGCAAAAUACCUCAGGUUCUAUUCAAUGGCUUUUUCCUCCCCUGUACCUGUUUUGUGAAGAUGAAACAAAAAAUACAAACAUCAUAAAAUAUGAGAUGGUGUGAGUGCAUCCUUUAUCCAUUACAUUACAUUAGACAUUUAGCAGACGCGCUUAUCCAGAACAACAUACAGUGCUCAGCGUAAAUGAGUACACCCCCUUUGAAAAGUAACAUUUUAAACAAUAUCUCAAUGAACACGAACAAUUUCCAAAAUGUUCACAAGACAAAGCUUAAUAUAACAUCUGUUUAACUUAUAACGGGAAAAAGUAAGGUUAAUAAUAUAACUUAGAUUACAGAUUUUUCAGUUUACUCAAAUUAGGGUGGUGCAAAAAUGAGUACAUAGGUGUUCGAUUGGGUUCAGAUCAGGAGACAUACAGUACUUGGCCACUGAAUCACUUUCACCCUGUUGUUCUUCAGAAAUCCAACAGUGGCCUUAGAUGCGUGUUUAGUCAUGUUGUAAAAGUGCACGACGACCAAGGGCACGGAGUGACGGUAGCAUCUUCUCUUUCAGUUUAGAGCAAUACAUCUGUGAAUUCAUGAUGCCAUCAAUGAAAUGCAGCUCCCCGACACCAGCAGCACUCAUGCAGCCCCACAUAAGGACACUGCCACCACCAUGUUUCACUGUAGGCACCAUGCAUUUUUCUUUGUAUUCCUCACCUUUGCGACACCAUACAGUUUUGAAGCCAUCAGUUCCAAAAACAUUUAUCUUGGUCUCAUCACUCCAGAGUAUAGAGUCCCAGUAGUCUUCAUCUUUGUCAACAUGGGCCCUGGCAAACUCGAGGCGGGCUUUUUUUGUGCCUGGGCUUUAGGAGAGGCUUCUUUCGUGGACGGCAUCCAUGCAUGACAUUCCUCUGCAGCGUACGCCGUAUUGUGUCACGGGAAAUAGCCACCCAGUUUAGCUUUCUAGUUCUUUAGAUAACUGCAGUGAACUUGCAUGCUGAUUUUCUUCAACCCUUCUCAUCAGAAGACGCUUCUCUUGAGGUGUUAACUUCCGUGGACGACCUGGAC